UCGGAGCGGGGCCGUACAGCCCUGCCCGCUGAUCCCGGAGAGCCGCGGGUGCCACCCCGGGCGAAGGGCUCGAGGCUCCCUCAGGCACCGCAGCGCUCUGCUCCCCUCAGCGCCCGCCAUUCCCCCGCCCCGUCUGAGGGCUCUCGUUGCGGGGCUGCGGUGGGACUGCAGCCGUGUCCCCUUGUCACACCCCGUGUCCCCCCCAGCCCGGGGCUCUCCCGCCCUGCUUGGGGGUUUGAACCCCCCGGGAGCGACAGGAGUGGGCUCCGGGGGAAGGGGACACGUCCCCGCUGUCCCCCUCAACACGCCGGGCACGGGGCACCCCCGGAGCAGGGGACAGCAAGAGGGACAAGGGGGGCGCAGGGAGCCCCCGCCGCCCCUGGGGUUUAUUGCCAUCCUCUCCGCGGUCGCGUUGUCACCUUGCGCGGCCGAGGAGCCGCCGCGCCGGGCCGGGGAUUGGUCGGCUAAAAAUGCCGCCCUAAUCUCCGAGCUGAUCUUUACCCCCUCCCUCCGCCCCAUCUGCCGCGACCUGGCCGCGAUGCGCAGCGCCGGCCCCGGGAGAGGCUCCGCCGCUGUCCCCGCGGCCCCGAGUGCAUGAGGCUGGUGUUUGCCCAGGAAACCCCCAGCGCCUGCUCCAACGCCCGAGGCAGCGCCGGGAGCCAUGUCGGGUUCCUAUGACGAGUCGGCAUCGGCCGCCGAGGAAACAACUGACAGCUUCUGGGAGGUGGGGAACUACAAGCGCACAGUGAAGCGAAUCGACGAUGGACACCGGCUCUGCAACGACCUCAUGAACUGCGUGCACGAGCGGGCCAAGAUCGAGAAGUCGUACGCGCAGCAGCUCACCGACUGGUCCAAGCGGUGGAGGCAGCUCAUUGAGAAAGGUCCCCAGUAUGGCAGCCUGGAGAAGGCGUGGGCCGCGAUCAUGACGGAGGCGGACAAGGUGAGCGAGCUGCACCAGGAGGUGAAGAACAGCCUCCUGAACGACGACUUCGAGAAGGUCAAGAACUGGCAGAAGGACGCCUACCACAAGCAGAUCAUGGGGGGCUUCAAGGAGGCCAAGGAAGCUGACGAUGGCUUCCGGAAAGCCCAGAAGCCCUGGGCCAAGAAGCUCAAGGAGCUGGAGACAGCUAAGAAAGCUUAUCACCUGGCAUGCAAGGAAGAGAAGCUGGCCAUGACCCGGGAAGCCAACAGCAAGGCAGAUCAGUCCAACACUCCUGAGCAGCAGAAGAAGCUCCAGGACAAAGUGGAAAAGUGCAAGCAAGACGUGCAAAAGACUCAGGAGAAGUACGAGAGGGUGCUGGACGAGCUGAACAAGUGCACCCCGCAGUACAUCGAGAGCAUGGAGCAGGUCUUCGAGCAGUGCCAGCAGUUUGAGGAAAAGAGGCUCAACUUCCUCAAGGAAAUGCUCCUGGACAUCAAGAGGCACCUGAACCUGGCCGAGAGCAGCAGCUACGCCAACGUGUACCGGGAGCUGGAGCAGACCAUCCGCAUGUCGGACGCACAGGAGGACCUGCGGUGGUUCCGCAGCACCAGCGGCCCCGGGAUGCCCAUGAACUGGCCCCAGUUUGAGGAGUGGAACCCGGACCUGACGCACACGAUAACGCGGAAGGAGAAGCAGAAGAAGGGCGAGGGGGUGGCCCUGACCAACGCCAGCAGCGCGGGCGACACGGGGGCUCAGGCGGGCGAGCGCGGGAGCGUGAGCAGCCACGACCGUGGGCAGACCUACAGCGCCGAGUGGUCGGACGACGAGGGCAGCAACUCCUUCAACACCAGCGAGGCCAACGGCGGCGCCAACCCCUUCGACGAGGAGUCGGCGGGGAAGGGCGUGAGGGUGCGGGCUCUGUACGACUACGACGGGCAGGAGCAGGAUGAGCUCAGCUUCAAAGCAGGUGAUGAACUAACCAAACUCGGUGAGGAAGACGAGCAGGGGUGGUGCAAAGGGCGCUUGGACAACGGGCAGCUGGGGCUGUACCCCGCCAACUACGUGGAGGCAAUCUAAGUCUUGUGGUGUGCUCCUCGUCACCGUCAGCAGAUAAAUCCACCCUCCGUUGUCUCCAUCUCUCCACCAGCCAACCAGCCAUUCUGCCGUCUGGUCCUUCACUCCUCACCCUUAGAGAUUCAGACAUAUUUUCCGACCAAGCUUUUAUUUUUUUAAGAGUUGUCUCCGAAGAGUAUUUUGCAUAGUCGCUUUCUUCUAAGAUUACGUGAAGCGAAAGAUGACGUUGUCCGUUCGUUUACGUUAGUUGAAAUUUUUUUUUUUUUUUUCUGAGCGAAAAGCCGAUACCUCAAGAUCUUAAAGCCCAACCAGUGAGAGCUCCUGACUGGUUGGUUUUUAAAGAUACUGAAAUCAUGAGCCGCCUUCUGAUUGGCUGGAACUGUUCCAAAAUGCACGGGCGCCGAAGUUCCUGGGACCAACCAAAUUCAUCCCAGAAAACCGAGAGGGAUUGGAGUCUGACUCCGUUGGGUUGGUUUUGGUUUUUUUUUUUUUUUGUGUUUCCAUGUUCUCCCCAGUUCAUCCUCCCGCCCCGAGGAAGGGGUGAGUGCCCCCUUCAGCCCCGCAGCCAUCCUUGAGAUGCCCAGGUGAGGUGGGAGCAGCCCCGCCAUGGAGCUUGCUGGCAUCUCCUCAGCUCCCUCCUCCUCCCGGCUGGGCUGUCAGCGCACCUGGAGCGGGCAGGGGCUCCCGAGCCGAUGCCCGGUCUGUGCUGCAGGGAGCAGCAUCGCCCUUCGGGUGGGCACAUAUCCAACGCACACCAGAUCCGGGUGAGAUGGCCCCCAAAUCCUGCGCUGUCCGGAGAAGGAAGGACCCGGCAGGGCCCAGUGCUGCUGGAAGCACCUUCGUGCCCAGCCUGGGAUAGCGAGGACUGCCUUGGCCACUGCUGGGGACGGUCCCCAUCCACCCCUUCCUGAGGAGAGGCAGGAGCGGAGCAGGGACAGGGGAUGAGCAUCGCAGGCUACCGGCAGGAGCUGCAGCCGGAGGAGGAGGGCUCCGGGUACCCAGAGCAGCUGCCUGGCGAACAACAAGACACGCCAAGGCAGGGGAAUGGCCGCAGGCUUUGCCUUUGCUUGUCCCGCACGGAGCUCUCCCCCUCCUCCCCUGGGCUCUGCCCUCCGCCCCCUGCCUCGGGCGCGUUUGCCAUCCCGAGCUCUCCCUUACAGAUCACCUCGCAUUUCUUUCCAUACCAUCACCCUUAGCAGCAUCAAUGCCAUCGGCUUCCCGCACGCUCCUCCUGCUCCUAUCCCGCCCCCUCCGUUGGUUCGUGAAUUUUUUGGCCCCAGGGAUGCAGUGUUCUCGUGGAUGCAGGGGAAGCGCCGUGUGCUGGGCACGGUGGGCGGGAGCCACCCGGCCCCUGCCAGGUACCGGAAAAAAAAAACCCCACAAAGUCAGAAAAGACCCAACCAACCACCUGUCUCAGCAAUGCACCCCGGUUUUUGUACAUUGAUUGUGUAAUUUAAGAAGUAUAUAUAUAAUAUAUAUAUAUAUCUCGUGAUUGUAUUUCCGUGGAUACAACAACAAAAAGCAGCAAGAGAAAAUAACCGAGCUCUGUCAGCGUCCUUGGCUGUGGGGUCUCCUUUGCUGUGCGUCUGUCUCACCCCCAGGGGCCGGGUUAUGGACCCCCACGGCACCCCCGGGUAGUGACACCCCCACCCCGAGGUUCUGGGGUGCAGCAGGAUGGGGGGCUCAGGUGUAUUCCUGGGGGCUGGGGGGUCAGGGGGAACAGCCACUGCCUUUGGGGGCUCCUGUGCCACUGCCAGACAAAGCCUUGGGAGGCUCAUGGAGGGGCUCAAGGUUUUGGGGCUGUUCCAAGCACCAGCCCUGACCCAGUGCUCUCCUGAGCCUGCGAACAGGCACAUCAGGCUGAUGUCACCUCCUGCCAUCCCCCACCCUGCCAGAGGACCUGUGAGGGGGACACGAGACCCCGGAAACCACAGGCACCCCCAGCCCAUCCCCACAGUGCCCCCACCCCAUCCGCGUCAGGCGCACACAGCAAAUCACAAGGGACACUUUGCUUUUUUUUUCUUUCCCCCCACAUUUUUUGUUUUUCCAGCCUGUUUUCCAAAGGCCAAGGCAAUUUUCCUCCUUCCCCUGCUCCUCACUGCCCUCCAUCCCUCCCGCCAGGAUGUGAGCAGGGCUGUGGAUCUGCUGCUGUGGGAGCAGCACGGAGCAAGAACAGAAGGGAAAGGCAGAAGCUGGCACCAGCAGAUUUUUUAAGGGAAAAAAUCAAAAGACCAAGAGCCAGGUGUUUUUCCUUUUAAGUUCCCACAGAACUUCCCUGGAAGCCUGGGCCACCCCUCGGCAUUUGAACCUAAACCACAGCUCAUCACCAGCCAAAACCAAAAAGCAAAUAAACAAAUAAAAAAACCUAUAAUAUAAAAGAUCAACA